ACCAACUGUUAUAACAUAUGCGAAAAUGGUGAGAAUUUCAGGUAGGGAAGAGAGAAGAGACGGCGUCAGUAACGUCCGUUACAAGGGAGUGAGGAUGAGGAAGUGGGGGAAAUGGGUGGCUGAAGUUCGACAGCCCAACAGCCGACGGAGAAUCUGGUUGGGAUCGUACCAGACGCCGGAAGAGGCGGCAAGGGCCUACGAUGCCGCCGUGUUUUGCUUGCGUGGCCAAUCAGCGGCCCUCAACUUUCCGGAAUGUCCUCCGGAUAUUCCUUCGGCAGCAGAGCUGUCGCCGUCGCAGAUUCAGGCGGUUGCCUCUAGACAUGCUCGGAGAAUUCCAAUGGCAGAGGAUUCAAAUACCAUUAUGAAGGAGUCUAAUCCGGCGGUGAUGGAGUCUGAUAUAUUUGGUGAAACUUCGGAAUCUUAUGGUGGUUCAGUAUUUGGUGAGUUCUCGGCAUCGGAGUUUUAUUAUGAUCCAAGAAUUGGAGGGGAAGGAGGUAAUGGUAAUUUUCAUGAUGAAGCACUUUACGGGAUGACACGUGUGUGGACAUCUUAAUGUUGUAGUCACAGUCUUGUACUUGCUGGUUUUACUAAAGUUCCCAACAAUUAAGGCUUUUCUUCUUCUUCUAUGGUCAUGUUGAAGUGACAAAUUAAAAUGACAUUAAGAAUUUGAUUAAUUUAACAGUUUAUUUAUUUAUUUUUGUGUGUUGCAGUCACUAGUCAGAGUCUUGUAUAGCUGAUUUGCUAAAAUUCUCAACAAUUAAGGGUUUUCUUUUUCUC